AUGGCUACCUGCGCUCAUGUUGCAACGUUGAAGAAUAAUCAACUCUUGGAACAAAUUCGUUUUAUAAGCUCGCAAAUUAUUACUCCUACAAGCCAACUUCCACCUAAUAAUGAUUUAAAGGUCAUUCUAUCACAAUGCCAUAUUUGCAAAAAAUACCAAAAGAGGUUAUACGCCUGUGUCCAAUGUGUAUUCGUCGGUUGCUAUGAUCAUAGUCAUAUUCAGCAUCAUGCGAAAGUCGCAAAGCAUCAAUUAGCCAUUGAUACACUACGUGGUACACUAUUCUGCACUGAAUGCGGUAAACAUAUUUACGAUCCUGAUGUUGAAAAUAUUCACUGUCAGAGGAUGCAAUUGCCAAGCUGCAAAGGCCACCUCAAGCAAGUCUACAAAUACAACUACUGGAGACCAUCUGCAAAAGAAGUGCAGUUACUCUCCCGUAAUAAUACCCGAUACAAGCUAUCAUUGAAAUCUAAAAUAGGACUUAAAGGAUUAGCUAAUUUAGGCAAUACGUGCUUUAUGAAUAGUAUAGUUCAAGCAUUAGUUCAUACACCUAUCUUGCGAGAUUAUUUUUUAUCCGAUAAACACCAAUGUAGCCAUGAUAACAAUAAUACUUGCAUUGCCUGUGAAUUAGCCAGUAUUUUUCAAAAGUUUUAUUCUGUUGGAUCGUUGCCUCAUAUUCCGAACAAAUUAUUAUAUCUAAUCUGGACAAAUGCGCGUCACAUGGCUGGAUAUGUACAACAAGACGCUCAUGAAUUCUUAAUUGCUAUUCUAAAUGCUCUCCAUGGACACUUUAAAAGAGAAUUGAGUUCGUCAUUUAACGAAAUAAUAGAUAAUAACUGUCGAUGUAUUGUUCAUCAAAUAUUUGCUGGUAAUAUGCAAUCCGAUGUUACAUGCCAAAAAUGCGGAAAUACGUCUACAACUAUAGAUCCCUUCUUUGAUAUUUCCAUGGAUAUUGGGUCUCUGGAGAAUGAACGUUGCGAUCUUUCAUCUGCUUCGACUGUCUAUGAAACUGGUGCGAACUCAUCUGUAACUUUGUUAAACUGCCUUGACAGAUUCACCCAUGCCGAAACACUAGAUCAUGCUAAAUUGAAAUGUCAUCGAUGCCAUGAAUAUUCUCGAUUUGAACACUCUAAGAAAUUUGGUAGAAAAAUUACAACCUAUGUUGCCUUCUCAGAUAUCUUAGAUAUGAAGCCCUAUGUUUCUAAAUUAAGAAUUAACAACGGAGAAUCUGGUCACGCAGACAACCAGAAUGCAAAAUCGUGUUCCUCAAGUGUUCGGUAUUGCUUGUUUGCUGUCAUAAAUCAUAGUGGCACUUUAGAUAGCGGACAUUACACGUGUUACGUUCGACAACCGUAUAAUCAGUGGUUUGAAUGUGAUGACGCAAAGAUACGGAAAGCUACAACAAAAGAUGUAUUAUCGAGCGAAGGUUAUCUGUUGUUCUAUCACCGAGAGACUUUAGACUAUGAAUAG